AUGAAUCUGAGCGUGUUCGGCUGGGGCGGAGACAACGAGGCGAAGAGGAAAGCCAAACAGGAAGCGGAAGAUGCAGAGGCCAGAGAUGCAUUGAGGAAGGCCAGGGAGGAGAGGUUGGAGCGCGAGCUAGAAGAGAGCGGAGCGGCAGAGGAAGCCGAGAACGUUGGGGACGACAAGACAGCUGGUGGCAUUCUCGUCUCCAUGGCAAAACCUGCUGAGCCUGUCCGGCAGGUUGCUUUGCUGAGCGACAAGCGGUUGUGGCUUGACGUGGUGGAACCGUUCUUUGCUAGCGUUUCUCUGGCCAUAUCCUCUCUCUACCCUCUGUGGCACACGCUGCGGGGGAUGUUCGGCCUUUCGCUUCUUUUUUACGGGGAGGAUUUCGCCACACUAGCGUUUCACAUCGUCGUCUUCAGGAUAUCGGGAUGGAAGAAGGCAGCCAAGUCUAAGGACGAACUUGUGGCGUACUACAAGAAGGCGAGGCAAACCAUGACCAAGGCAGCCAAGGACGUCCGCGCAAGCGCCGCUAUCAUUGCCCGAAAGGACAGGCUGGUGGCCCGAAAGGAGGAGAUGAUGGCGGAAAAGAAGAGGCUGCACGCAAUAGGUCGCGUAAGCGCAGAAGAGGCACGCGCCUUCAUCGACAAGUACAGAAACGACAUCGAGAUCAUCGCCCGUGAGCAGGAGGUACUGGCUGAGACUUCCAGCUCCAUUCUCGCCAUCAAGGGAGCUCUAAGCUUCAAGAAACUCGCUGCAAGCGUGAACAGCUUGUAUGCUGCCGUCAUCACGAGCAUCACGGCGAGCACCUUCAAAAGAGCCGGUCAGUUGACUCUUGCACUUACGUGCGGUGGACUGAUCAAGAGAGCGCUGUUCGAUCUACUGGGCCCAGUGAUAGACCCAAUCGGCUACCAGAUUGAGCUCGAGACGUACGUUGCGAACAUCAUGCGGGGCCCGGCGAAUCUCUACAUUACACUGGCGGGCUACGUGAGCUCUGCCUCCGUGUUCUUCCACUUUUUUGUCGACCCGCAACAAGCGCUCACGAUCACGUUCGUUCUCCUCGGAGCCCGCGUGGUGACGGACUACAUCGUGGCGGCGCUCAACCCCGUGCGAUGGAGGUUCGGCAUGUCGAAGAAGCUCGACAACAUGCCCAUUUCUGCGGUAAUUUACCUCUUGUUGGCAAGCCUGGGGUUCAUUUUUCACGGGAACGCGGGGUUGGUGGGCGACUUCGCCUGUAAACCGUUCAUCGCUUUCCUCGGGCUCCUGAACAAGGGGCUUAACCACUUCCAAGCUACGACCAUCACCUACUUUUCAUGA